UCAUUAAAAAAAAAAAGGAAAAAAACAACAGCAAGAGGAAAAAGGAUAUUUCCAGGCUUUGAUUUAUUUGUAUGUUCAAGUGCCCAAACCUAACUUUCUUUAAGAGGGAAAAAUCAUCCAUGUCCGAAAGCUUCCGACAAGGCACGUAUGGGUAUUCGUAUGAGGCCGAUUUACCGGCAUACAACCCAGACGAGAUGCUGACUGAGGCCGCGAAUCUUCCAUGGCAAAAAUCGAGCAACGAGUUUCCAAAUCAUCAGAUCCAAACAAGCCCUUACACCAGGCUGCCUCAAAAAGUACUCCACCUCUCACCUGGACUGAAUCAGUCCUCGGACGAACUCAAUUUCUUAAGUCCACAGAUUACAGCUUCUGCUUCAAGCUCUAGGCUUAACAUGGAGGCCCAAGCUCUUUCUCUCUCCUUGUCUUCUUCACUGAGAGCCGAAAAAUUGGGAAAAUUCGGCAAUCUCGGGCAGGGUGAAUAUUACCAGGAAAUGAGCAAUUGCGAUGAUUCUCAUGGAUUGGGAGAUUUUGGGAUGAGUAAUAAUCCGCAGAGGGUUUUGGGGUUGGAUUAUGGGAGUCAGGGUUAUUUCGGUCAUUUCGAAUCUGGAAACUGGCUGAGGAACUCGAGCUAUUCGAGGGCAGCGCAGGAAUUGUUGCAGGAGUUGUGCUGUGUUUGGAGAGGGGCGCAAUUGGGAACUAAUCCCAAGAUAAUGGAAACCCUAAUCCAUCCUCCUCAAAGGAUCAAACGAACCCUCCUGGGGCAAGGGGCGGCGACCCCCUACACUGGGCUUGCUCGGAAGGCCAUGUCGAGGCACUUCAGAUGGAUGAAGGAUGCUAUAGCCAAGGAGCUGAGGGCGAGCUGCGAGGCUCUCGGGGAGAAAGAUUUGAGUAAUGGGUCGGUAGGGUUGACCAAAGGGGAAACUCCGAGACUCAAAAUUCUCGAGCAAAAGUAUAGGCGGCAAAAGACCCUUGAGCAUCACGUGGGCAUCAUGGAUCCCGAGUCGUGGAGGCCCCAGAGGGGAUUGCCCGAGAGAUCAGUCAACAUCUUGAGGGCAUGGCUAUUCGAGCAUUUCUUGCAUCCGUACCCUAGUGAAGCAGACAAACAUUUGCUGUCUCGACAGACUGGUUUAUCCAAAAAUCAGGUACGCAUU